CGCAUUGGCAAGGCAUGGCAGCUCUGCUCCUCCAGGUCUAAUAGUCCUGUCGUGCAAGGCACACCAUUGCCAAAGCAUCAGCUGAUAUCACAACCACCGCUGCGCAGAGGAACAGACCACCGACAUAGUCGGGCCCGCAGCACCUCAGACAGUGAAAAGCCUCGCAAUUAUGCUUACCAGCAGUCGGAUUAUUCAAUGCCACUGGGCUUUUUCCAUAGCCCUCCCUACGCAGUUCCAGAGAUCACUACGCCAUCUGUAUAUACGACAGCGCAUAAUGAAUCUCACCCCAAUGCCGAGGAAGCGGUUGUACCAGUCUUUCUUAGUCAUGGUUCAGCGGAUAUGGCUUCGUCAAAUUUGCCUCGAACAGCCGAGGCGGAGACGAGCGAUAUGAGAGAGGGGUGCCCAUUAAACCUACCGAGAAGCCCAUCGUGGGACGCGAUGCUGCACGGGCCGACUAUGGGCAUCGGGGAUACUGGGGACUGUAUCAAGCGAGCUACCACAGCACUACAGCUCGUGAAUGACCCACGAACAUCUUGCCUGCGGUCAGAAACGCCAUCGCCGAGCCCGAUGCAGGCAUUGGACGCAACCCUCGACGACAGUCGUACGGCUAUGGACACCGUGAGAGAGAUUCUGGACUGCCCUUGUGCUCAGAGUAUACAGGUAGCGCUUUUGCUGGUUCUGAUCGUCCAGCAAGUUAUGGAAUCAUACCAGACUCUUCUAAUGCAGCAGCAUGGAGCACCACCAGAGCAAUCUCCCUUGGCCAAUAGCUUGUCUGCUUUUGACACCCCAUUGGCCAUUGGCCGAUACCUUCUGGAUCACGACCUUAGCCCAAUAUGCCCAAAACAUGGCCCACCGGUCAGAUGAGCUCGUCCUAGGGACUUAUAUUAGCACGCUGCAAGCGUCGCGAAAGCAUGUCUUGCAGUCUCUUCAACAGGAUAAGGAAUCCUAGUGGCGGGAGAC